UUGCUCAAAGAAGUGUCCGAGUCUUCUCUUCCGUGUAGGUUAAUAGUAAUAAAAAGAACCAUCCUUGUUGCCGAGUCUCGACAGAUAGACAAGGGGCUUAUGAUACUUGAGGAGAUGAAAGAAUGGGAGUGUAAAACAGAUGUGAUCACAUACAACUCUGUUUUGGAUAUCUUGGGACGAGCUGGCCUAGUGAAUGAGAUGCUCAUGUUGUUGUCAUCGAUGAAAGAAGACUGCGAUGUGUCUCUUAACAUCAUUACAUACAACACAGUAGGGUUGAGGAAAGCUUGUAGGUUCGAUAUGUGUUUGGUGUUAUACAAAGAAAUGGUCCAGUGUGGAAUGGAGCCUGAUUUGCUUAGUUAUACCGCAGUGAUAGACAGUUUGGGUCGAUCAGGGAACACAAAGGAGUAGUUGAGGCUUUUACAGCGGGAGAUUCGACCAUCGGUUUAUAUCUACAGAGCAUUGAUCGAUUGUCUGAAAAAGCCAGGAGAGUUUCAGAGGGCAUUGCAGCUUUCAGAUGAGUUGAAGAACACUUCAACGUUAGGUUUGGCAGGUCCACAAGAUGUCAAAAGACACUUGACAUCACAUACACGCUAAACAGUUUUGUGGAUCUGUGUAUUCAUUUCUGGUAGUAAUAUGUAAUGAAAGCAAAACACAGUUCUGGUUAGUUGGAGUUUGGUUUGAUUUGAAGAAACUUAUAAAAUGAAAAUCAAGGUUUAAAAAAGUGUAUUGAUGGAUGAUUCAUAUGACUAGUCUCAUAAAGUUUGCAUUACUACAGAAGUACAAAAUGGGUGUCAAUGUUUCACUUCAAAAAAAAA